AUGAAGACGCUGGGAUCGUCAGAGCGUGUCCAGCGGUCACGACAGGCGUUCGCGGGCGCCCCCUGCGGCGGCUCCCUGCUGGACCGCUCUGGAGUCUCCAGCCGCUGCGAGCAACGGCGCUACCACUAUGCUGGAGAGAGCAGACCGGCGCUCUUGGCUGCAUUAUCUGCCAUGUUGCUGAUGGCGGCCAGUGUGCUGAUGGUCUCCUAUGGCAAGACUGCCAGCAAGUAUCCGCUGCAGGUGCACGGACCGUCGCAGCAGCGGCUGGGAGCGCCCGGACACUGGGCUCCCUGGUCAGCCUGGUCGCCCUGCUCCAGAACCUGCGGCGGCGGCGUCGCCGUGCAGACCAGGGACUGCCGGCCUAUGGAGACCCGGCGCCGUCGCCGGUUGACGGAGCCGCCGCCUCGCAGCCACUGCGUGGGCGUCUACAAGCGCGUCCACGUGUGCAACGACCAGGAAUGCCCGCCUGGGUCAAAGGACUUCCGUAGCGCGCAGUGCGAAGCUUUCAACGGAAAACCCUUCAUGGGGCGCCUCUACCUCUGGGAGCCCUUCCUGCAGGCGCCCAACCCGUGCGAGUUGAACUGCCGCGCGGCGGGCUUCCGCUUCUACGCAACGCUCAACAAGACUGUGGUGGACGGGACGCCUUGCCGCGGGGAGACGCCGCCGCCCGCCAGGCACGUCUGCGUCGCGGGUGUCUGCCAGAGCCUCUGA